AUGGACACAAUCAUGAACACACUGCAAACUCGACAGGCUCCUGCCAUGUCUCUUCACAGUCCUCCAGGGCCACCCUACCCACCGAAAACUGCCGCUCUCGGCGGCCAGCCCACCAAAGGUCUUGACAUUCCGGUCUCCUCGGUCUUCCUCGCCAUCUUCAUCGUCGGAGCUGUCUGCCACAUGACGAUCCUUCAAGUGAACUUGAGACGGGGCCACAAAUUUAUCAUGAGCGGCCUGAUGUUCGGCUUCUGCAUGGCAAGAAUAACGGCACAAGUGAUGCGAAUCACAUGGGCCUGCUACCCGCGCAACAUAUCUGUGGCCAUCGCUGCGAACGUCUUCGUUGCUGCAGGUGUCGUCCUUCUUUUCGUCGUCAACUUAAUCUUUACCCAACGAAUUAUCCGAGCAGGGCAUCCGAGGAGCGGAUGGCAUCCACUUUUCAAAAACUUCUUCACGGCCAUCUACGUCCUGAUCGUUCUUACACUCAUAAUGCUCAUCACUGCCGUCAUUCAAUCCUUCUUCACCCUCAACAAGAACACCAAGCGUAUCGAUCGUGACAUCCAACUAUACGGCCAAACCUUCUACGCUGUCAUCUCAUUCCUGCCGAUCCCUCUUAUCAUCGGCGGCCUCUUGAUUCCACGAAAGCAGCGUCUCGAGAAAUUCGGUUCAGGUCGGUGGCGUGAAAAGAUCGUAAUUCUCCUGGCCUCCUCUGUCCUCCUCUGUCUCGGAGCCAGCUUCCGUGCAGGCGUAAAUUAUGCUGGAGGAAAGAGACCCAAUACGCAUCCAGCAAGCUAUCAAAACAAAGCAUGCUUCUACAUCUUCAAUUACACGAUCGAGACCAUCGUCAUCUUCUUCUACGUGAUCGUGCGGGUUGAUAGGCGAUUCUACGUUCCUGAUGGAUCGAAAGGACCUGGUGAUUACUCAGGCAAGAACACUGCGAAGGAGCACGCGUUGACGGAUGGCGAGACUGGCGGCGACAAAUUGGAGCAGGUCAUCAGCCCGGAGGAAGAGACAUUCGAUGACAUGAGUCCAGAAGAGGUGGCGAGGCUGGCAGAAGAGAAGAAGGAGAAAGACCUAGAGAGGGGAACGAGCAGAGUGGUGGAGCCAACGGCAGAGACACGAAGUGUUACUCCGAACAGUUCCUUCCACGAGGACAAAGCGUAA